AUGACUGCAGAGGACACUGACGGAUCGAUGUUUCCGACGUUGAUUACCGCCCUUCAGGCUGCUGCAUCCGCGCUUCCAGAGGCGGAACAGCAGUUGCUACCUCCCACGGAUGGCAUUUCCCUCCUCGACGUCAAGAAUGACCUCCUCCUCUCCUACAUCCAAAACCUCGCCUUCCUGGUCAUCAUCAAGCUGCGCAAUGGCUCCACGGGCGCAUUAUCGGCCGAUUUGGUCUCCGAAGUCACGAAACAUCUUGUCGACUUGCGGGUCUAUAUGGAAAGGGGCGUACGUCCUCUGGAGAGCAAAUUGAAAUACCAGGUCGACAAAGUCGUGCGGGCCGCUGAAGAAGCCGAUCGUAGGACUGCACAAAAGGGUCCAUCAGGUGCAGAGGCAAAAGAACGACCUACAAAGAAAACGUCCAAGGAGAACGGCAGUGUCUCAGAGGAGUUCGAAUCUGGUUCGGAAGAGUCUUCGGAAGAUGAUGCUGUGGAAAACAAUCACACUGAAGGUGAUAUGUCGGUCGGACCAAGACCUUCUGCCCUCCUGAGGAACAUGGAUCCACGCAAGCAGGAAGAUCCCUCUGUCAAGUCGCGAUCAACAGCCACGGGCACAUACAAGCCUCCACGGAUAACGCCCACUGCAAUGCCGGAGCCGGCUUCCAAGCGGGACGCCCCGGUGAGGAAGCGCAAGUCACAGCUGCUGGACGAAUACAUUGACGAGGAACUGUCUACAGCUCCACGCGCACAACCGUCGAUCGGCUCAAACAACACGAUCGUCAAGCAUGGACGUGGAGUCAUGUCUUCGAAAGAGCGAGAAAAGGAACGCGCAAGGACAGAAUACGAAGAACAGAACUUUGUCCGGUUGCCCGCGGAGAGCAAAGCUGAGAAGAGGAAAGCGAGGCAACGGGGUGAGAUGGACAAGAGAGAUCUCUUUGGUGGGGAAGACUGGACGGGCCUGGGUGGACUGGGCGACCGCAUCCACAGGAGCGUUGCCGGCAAGGAGAGAUCCGGGUUGCUUGCGCGAAGAGAAAAGAGACGGAGGGACACGCAGGACGGGCCCCGAGGAGACGGAACCAGCGGUUUGGGCAUCGGUGAGAGUUUUGAAAAGAGAAGGAGAAUCAUGCAGCAGAGGGCGGAGAAGAAGACGAGCAGGAAGCGAUGA